AUGACAAGCCAAUCAAAUUUAAGUUUAAUAGCAGUAGGUGUUGUGUCGUUUGUAACAGGAUAUUAUGUUCACCAAAUGUUAAAACCUACAUCGCCGAAAAGAUUUCAAUUGAAGCCUACAUCAGCAACCACUACGACCAAGAGUGAAGAUAAUAGUGAGGACGAAGAAGAAGAAGAAGAAGAUGAGGGAUUAGAUAUUAAUUCACUUGCAUUGAAUGAGAUUCCAGGAGAAGUAAGAAUGACACUUGUAGUAAGACAAGAUUUGAAAAUGGGUAAAGGUAAAGCAGCAGCUCAGUGUUCUCAUGCUACAUUGGCAUUAUAUAAAAAAAUUACUAAUCCUCAAUUAGAAUCAUAUAAUCCAGAAUUGGUGAAUCGAUGGGAAUUGGGGAAUGGUCAAGCCAAAAUAACUUUACAAGUUCCAAAUCAAGAAGAGAUGGAUUUAUUAUAUGCAAAAGCCAUUAGUUUGGGUAUCAAUUCUUAUAUUGUUCAUGAUGCAGGUAGAACCCAGAUUGCUGCUGGAAGUGCCACUGUGUUGGGGUUAGGUCCUGCUCCAAAACGUAUACUAGAUGAAGUUACUGGUGAUUUAAAAUUGUAUUGA